AUGGCUGAGCUCUAUCCUUCAUUGGCCCAAUGCGCCAUCGUCGCGACGGCCUUCAAGAUUCUUCUUUUCCCCGCAUAUAAAUCCACAGACUUCGAAGUGCAUCGAAACUGGCUUGCAAUUACGAAUUCCUUGCCCGUGCAGGAGUGGUACUACGAGAAAACGUCGGAAUGGACCCUCGAUUACCCUCCCUUCUUCGCAGCCUUCGAAUGGCUUCUUUCACAAGCAGCUUCCUAUGUGGACCCUGCGAUGCUGGUGGUGAAGAAUCUCAAUUAUGAUUCGUGGCAGACAGUAUACUACCAGAGAGCUACGGUGAUUGUCACGGAGCUUGUCCUUCUGUUUGCGCUCAGCAGAUUCGUCAAAUCCGUGCCUCAGCAGAACAGACACCUUGCGCAUAUCGCCAGCUUGUCCAUCCUCUUGUCUCCCGGCUUGCUUAUCAUUGAUCACAUUCAUUUCCAGUAUAACGGCUUCUUAUACGGCAUCUUGAUCCUGUCUAUUGUUCUGGCGCGCAAGCAAUCCACGCUGCUUUACAGCGGCAUCACUUUUGCUGCUCUGCUGUGCUUCAAGCAUAUCUACCUCUACCUCUCGCUCGCCUACUUCGUCUACCUGCUGAGAGCCUACUGUCUGGAUCCCAAGUCCGUGUUUCGGCCCCAGAUCUUCAAUACUAUCAAGCUUGGGGUUUGUGUCGUGGGAAUAUUUGCUUUGGCAUUUGGUCCAUUCGCCUCAUGGGGCCAGCUUCUCCAGCUGAAAGACAGACUCUUCCCGUUCUCGCGAGGCCUGUGUCAUGCCUACUGGGCGCCAAAUGUCUGGGCAAUGUACUCGUUCGCGGAUCGCGCUCUUAUCCCACUUGCCCCUCGCUUGGGACUUCCGGUCAACCAGGAUGCUCUGACCAGUGUCACGCGCGGCCUUGUUGGUGACACCUCGUUUGCGAUACUUCCAGAGGUGUCCAAAGAGCAUACAUUCGCACUGACAUUCAUCUUCCAACAGCUACCGCUGAUCAAGCUCUGGCGCCGGCCGGACUGGGAGACCUUUGUUGGCGCCAUUACGCUGUGUGGCUACGCGUCCUUCCUUUUUGGCUGGCAUGUUCACGAAAAAGCCGUGCUGCUGAUCAUCAUCCCCUUCAGCCUCAUCGCGCUCAAGGACCGGCGGUACUUCAGCGCCUUCCGACCGCUGGCGGUAGCCGGCCAUGUUUCCCUGUUCCCACUGCUCUUCACGGCCGCCGAAUUUCCCAUCAAGACCGUCUACACCAUCCUCUGGCUUGUACUUUUCCUCUUUGCCUUUGACCAAGUGGCUCCGGUUCCAGAGCAGCGUCGUGUGUUCUUCGUGGAUCGCUUCUCGCUGCUCUAUCUCACGGUGGCUAUCCCGCUCAUUGUUUACUGUUCCAUCGGACACCAGCUCAUUUUCGGUCUGGGACGCUAUGAGUUCCUUCCGUUGAUGUUCAUUAGCAGCUACUCUGCUCUCGGGGUCGUCGGUAGUUGGGUCGGAUUCCUGGUGGUAUAUUUCACGGCAUAG